UCCAGCAUGACUUUGCUAAUAUAUGUAGCCGUGACCUGCCUCCUCGUAGUGUGGGUCACUAACGUACUUUUGAACUGGUAUCGACUUCGACAUAUCCCCGGGUCGUUCUGGAUCUCUUCGACUAAAGCCUGGCAAGUUACGACACAGAUAAGAGGGAAGUGGUAUCUUGAAUUAAGGAAGCUUGGUGAUCAAUAUGGCGACCUUUUCCGCAUUGGGCCAAACCAGCUCAUGACUACCGACAUCGAGGUUAUUCAUCGAAUGGCCCAUAUUAGGUCAGCCUACACGAGAGCCCCGUUCUACCAGACGUUCAGGUUCAACCCGACGCAAGACAACUCUUUCUCGCUCCUCGACGACCGGGAACACACGCGCCGCAGAACGAUUUUGGGCCAGGGCUACACGGGUAACGCGCACGUGGAAGCCUCUAUUGAUCGGCAAUGUGCGCGCUUGGUGGAUCUGAUCGAGCGAAAAUUCGUCUCGACUUCUACAGAGUACCGGCCCAUGGACUUAACGGCAGUGUCGUUCUUCUUCUCGAUGGACUGCGUAGGCGAUCUGUCAUACGGCAGGCCGUUCGGAUGUCUAGACGAUGGACAGGAUGUGCACAAGUUCAUAAAGUGGAACGAGAACUUCUUUAACACCGCUAUCGUCAUCUCGAACUUCAACUGGCUGACCAAGAUCUUCUUCAAGCCCCCUUUUAACAAGAUCUAUCCGUCAAGUCUCGACGUUGAUGGAGUCGGCAGGAUUAUGGCUCUCGCGCAAGCCGCAGUCGAAAGGAGUAUUGCCGACGACGAGGACCGGCGAAAAGAUGCUCUCGGCUCUUUUCUCGAGCACGGCAUUACCAGGGAAGAAGCUGUCAACGAGUUGAUGCUGCAGGUUGUUGCUGGAACAGACUCAACCGCAGCGGGUAUCCGCAUGACUAUUCUGCUCCUCGUCGCGAACCCCGUAGCAUACAACAAGCUCAAGGCGGAGAUAGACGACGGAAUCGCGAAAGGAAACAUCAGCUCGCCCAUCAAAGACGCCGAGUCCCGACACCUGCCGUACCUGCAAGCCGUCAUCAAGGAAGGGCUGCGCACGUUCCCCGUCGUCACAGCUACGUUCUUCAAGAAGGUGCCCGAGGGAGGAGACACCAUCGGAGGCCACUUUGUGCCGGAGGGCACCGAGGUCGGUCAUAACGUCUUGGGCGUCAUGCGAGCGAAGAAGUACUGGGGCGACGACGCGGACGUGUUCCGUCCCGAAAGGUGGCUCGAGGCGGACAAGAACACCUUUGAUAUGAUGGCGGACGUCUUGGAAACCCUGUGGGGAUCGGGUCGGUAUAAGUGCCUCGGCCGGACUGUCGCCCAGAUGGAACUGAACAAAGUGUUUGUUGAGUUACUUCGGCGCUUCGAUUUCUCCAUCGUCACCCCGCAGAACCCGGUCGAGAUCGUGAAUUCGGGAUUCUUCCUCAUGUCGGAAAUGAAGAUGCGAGUCACGAGAAGGGAGGCGGUUGUAAAAGGUAAAGAGACUUAA